AUGGUUCCUAUGCCUGCUAUGAACAAGCAUGUCCUGGACGAGUGCCUAGAGUUUGCGGCGCCCUGCAAGUACACAGACUUUGGCUGCCGGCAGACCGCCAAGCGUCAGCAGCUGCGCACCCACCAUGAGAGCUGCCCCUAUCAAGUCUGCGACGUCAUCGGGCAGACCCUCAAGCGGCAGGAAGCCGAGAUGAAGCGACUGCAACGUGAGAACGACAGGCGUGACAAACAGAUCGAAGAGCUGCAACGUCAGUUCCAGGAGCAGCAGAGCGGCAGCUCCUUAGACAUUAUGCGCCUGAGCCCCUAUAGUCGUAAGAUCGGAACCGCCGAAGAGGCUGUCAUGGGUGUUUACGAAGACGUCGAGCGUCGCAUCGAAACAGUCAAGAAGGACCUGACUGACCUUGAGGGCCGGCAAACAGUGAUGGUUCUCAACGAGGUUAUGCCCAUUAAAAACGAGAUCACGGAGAUACGCAGCAACCUUGGUAUCCUAAAGAUGCACGUGGCCUGGCUCAUGAAUAAAAGCCGCGAAGAAGUAGAGCGCAGUCGACUGGCAAACCGGACCAUGGGAGGUGCCUCAGGCGCUGGCUCUGGAGGUUCUUCGAGUACUGGGGGAAGCAAUGGUGGCGGGGGAACGGUCAGGAUAGUCGGCCGUGGGAGAGGGGGCUCGGACAGCGAGGCAGAGGGUCCAUCAACUCUGAGAGAUUGA